UCCAAGUUGGACGUCUUCAGUAAGUUUUCUCAUCGUUUGUACCUAUUUUUACUCCAUCACUACUGUCCAAUCAUUGUCAACAGUUACAGACAAGUGUCAACGUUUGUCAGUGGUCGACAAUAACAGUACAAAACAAGUGAAUAAAUCAGCAAAAUGGCGGCUCGUGAUUUGGCAAAGCUCGCCCAUGAGGACCGAGAAGGAAAGUUCGGAUAUGUCUACGCUGUAUCCGGACCUGUCGUUACGGCAGAGAGGAUGUCUGGAUCUGCUAUGUACGAGUUGGUUCGUGUGGGAUACUAUGAGCUAGUGGGUGAGAUCAUUCGUCUUGAGGGAGACAUGGCGACGAUUCAGGUGUACGAGGAAACCAGUGGCGUCACAGUCGGUGAUCCUGUCCUCCGAACGGGAAAGCCCCUGUCUGUUGAGCUCGGUCCAGGUAUUCUGGGAAGCAUUUUCGACGGUAUUCAGCGUCCCCUCAAGGACAUCAACGAGCUCACCAGCUCGAUUUACAUUCCUAAGGGAGUUAAUACACCUGCCCUGUCUCGUACCAUUGCUUGGGAGUUUAAUCCACUGAAUAUUAAAAAUGGAAGUCACAUUACUGGGGGCGAUCUCUAUGGUAUCGUCCACGAGAACACUCUUGUUAAACACAAAAUGAUCUUGCCGCCCAAGAGUAAAGGAACUGUUACUUAUAUUGCACCUGCUGGCAAUUACACAGUCGAUGAUGUAAUCCUGGAAACCGAGUUCGACGGUGAACGCAACAAAUAUACUAUGCUCCAAGUAUGGCCUGUUCGUCAGCCCCGACCUGUUACGGAGAAACUGCCUGCAAAUCACCCACUUCUCACUGGUCAGCGUGUCCUGGACUCUCUCUUCCCUUGCGUACAAGGUGGAACCACUGCAAUCCCCGGCGCCUUUGGUUGUGGAAAGACUGUCAUUUCCCAGGCCCUCUCCAAAUACUCCAACUCAGAUGUGAUCAUCUACGUCGGUUGUGGUGAGCGUGGUAACGAGAUGUCUGAGGUACUUCGUGAUUUCCCAGAGUUGACGGUAGAGAUUGAAGGAGUUACCGAGUCUAUCAUGAAGCGUACUGCUCUUGUUGCCAAUACUUCCAACAUGCCUGUGGCUGCUCGUGAAGCUUCCAUCUACACUGGUAUCACGCUGUCGGAGUACUUCAGGGACAUGGGUUACAAUGUCUCCAUGAUGGCUGAUUCCACUUCACGUUGGGCUGAGGCUCUUCGUGAAAUUUCUGGACGUCUCGCUGAAAUGCCUGCGGACUCCGGAUAUCCCGCUUAUCUUGGUGCCAGGCUGGCCAGUUUCUAUGAACGUGCAGGAAGAGUCAAGUGUCUUGGUAAUCCAGAUCGUGAAGGAUCUGUCAGCAUUGUGGGUGCUGUAUCGCCUCCUGGUGGUGACUUCUCUGAUCCUGUUACAAGCGCCACACUGGGUAUUGUUCAGGUGUUCUGGGGUUUGGACAAGAAACUCGCCCAACGAAAGCACUUCCCGUCCAUCAACUGGUUGAUCUCCUACAGUAAAUACUUACGUGCCCUGGAUGAUUUCUACGACAAGAACUUCCAGGAAUUCGUACCACUGCGUACCAAAGUUAAGGAGAUUCUUCAGGAAGAGGAGGACCUCUCCGAAAUUGUGCAAUUGGUUGGUAAGGCCUCGCUCGCGGAAACCGAUAAGAUUACACUCGAGGUUGCUAAGCUCUUGAAGGACGACUUCUUGCAGCAGAACAGUUACUCACCCUACGAUCGUUUCUGUCCAUUCUACAAAACUGUGGGCAUGUUGAGGAAUAUGAUUGCCUUCUACGAUAUGGCAAGACAUGCAGUUGAAUCUACAGCACAGUCUGACAACAAAAUCACCUGGAAUGUCAUUCGUGACAGUAUGGGAAAUAUCUUGUAUCAACUCAGUUCUAUGAAAUUCAAGGAUCCAGUGAAAGAUGGUGAACAAAAAAUAAGAUCCGACUUCGACCAGCUCCACGAAGAUAUUCAGCAGGCAUUCAGGAAUCUGGAGGACUAAGCAAAUUAAUGAUAAAAAUUAUUCUCCGCACAGAGCCCCUUAUUUGAUCGAUUGCUCGAGGAUGCCAGGUGCUUAGGGGUGUUCCAAACGCCAGGCAAAAAUUAACGAGGUAUUAAUCAUCGAAUGGCAUAAAUCAAGUUAUGUAUACUCCUCUUCCGGUGCAUUUUUCAUCUUUGAAAAUAUUUCAGUUGCUUUAUUACAUAAUCCGAGAAUUUAUUGGCCUAACUCUCAGAUUUUUUCCCGGCCAUGUAAAUAUUCACAAUUACUGAUUGAUUCAGUAGUGAAGUAAGUUUUAAUGAGUCGAUUUCCUUCUCUUACUAAAUAUUAUCUUAUUUCCAUGAGAACCAUUAGAAACAAUGUGGAGCAGUCUUUUCUUAAAGAGUGCUAUAUCUACGACUAUUGGUUCCUCUAAAUUCCAUUUUUAUGCGAAGAAAAUUAUUCUGGUAAAUUAACGUCAGAUUUGAUUAAUUAUUCUAUGCCGUUCCUAAUAGAACUAGCAAUCUGAAAAUUGUGUAUAAAAAAAUUGCGAUUCAUUUUAUCUCGAGUGCCAACUCAACGUUUUUUGAUCGAGACAAUAAAGGUGGAGCGCCCCUGAGCCCCUGCGGAAUUUAAAAAUAAAAAAAAAUGAAUAAAGUAACGAAAAUGUGUUUCCAAUCAUUGUAAACUAUUUCUUGUUCAGCCGUGAUUUUUGAUUUUUUUAAAAACCUCAGUUUUAACCCCAAAAAUGGGGCAGUUCAUUUGGAUCGGUCCAAUGAAGAAAUAAUUCCCCUAAGUGCUUUUUUGCACGUUUUAGAGUAAAGAAAAAUAAAUUGAAAAAUUGGAAUUCUAUUUCAUGUACAAUAUUGAUGAAAAAUAUCUUUGGGAAAGUUUAACUGUCGUUCUGUUUUCAAUUGAAAGUAAUUUUAUUCCGAAAAUGUCUAUUAACAAUAAUAAAUGAAUAAAAAAAAUACACACUUUGCCUUCAAUGUGUCAAGUGAAUGGAAUAAAAUGAGAUGAAACAGCACUAGUCUAGUACUGAUGUGAACGGCAGCUUUUCCACGGAGAAUGAGGAAUAUCAAUUAAUUGAAAAUCAUCAAGUAUUAGUUACUGUACCAUAUUAUAUGUUAACGUGAUAGAAGUUUAAUGAAAGAGUACAUAUAAGCGUUGAAUAGAUUUAAAGUAAAAUUAUGUUAACGUUGAUACGUUAAAAAAUGCAGAAAUGGAGGUAAUAAAAUUCUGACAAAAGUUUUGAGACGGUUGUGCAUGUGUGGUAGGCUUGACAAUGGUUUGCUGAGUGUUAAAGAUGAAAUUCCUCGGUUGUCCACUGUUUCGAAACAGCUCCACUAUCAUUUCCAUUGUACGAUAUGUAAAAAUAAAGAAAAUAAACCGCAAACUGUGCACAAAA